AUGUCAAUUCAUGAGUAUGGAGAUAAAUUAUCUGAGUUAUUUGUAGGCCUCACUAUAGCACAGAGCAACGGAAACCCGAAGGCUUGUGAGAUAUUGAGACCUAUUAAUGAAAAAUUAGCGAUUAAAAGAUUUGCAGAUGGAUUACGUAAUAGGCGACUCAGCACAAUUAUAUCAGCUCGAGACUACUCCGAGUUGAAGGAUGCAGUCCGUGCUGCUGAAGACGAGGAGUUGGGACAACCUUCAUCGUCUAACAAUAUAUUCAACGCGCAAAGAAGAGCUGAUGACAUAAUAGAACCAUCACAAAGUGAAUGGUCCAGUCCGAUAUUGUUAGUACCCAAAAAAUCAGAUGACAAAAAUAAUAAAAAGUGGAGAUUAGUUAUAGACUAUCGAAAGUUAAAUGAAGUAAUACAGGAUGAUAAAUUUCCAUUACCAAACAUAACAGAGAUAUUGGAUUCGUUAUCAGGCGCAAUUUAUUUCUCUCAUUUAGACCUAAGUCAAUCAUAUUAUCAAUGUUCAUUAAAACCCGAAUCUAGACCAAUCACAUCAUUUACAACUAGUACAGGCCAUACGAUAUCCUCUAAAGGAAUUCAACCAGACCAAGACAAAAUUAAGACUAUUCAAAAUUACCCAAUACCGACGAACGUCGAUGAGUUGAGACGUUUUGUGGCAAUGAGGAAUGUCAAAUAUGAGUGGACUGAACAGUGUGAGAUAUCAUUUAAUAUUUUGAAAAAUGCUUUAAUAAAUCCACCCAUUCUACAAUACCCUGAUUUUUCAAAAGAAUUUAUAUUACAAACUGAUGCUUCAGGGACAGCAAUAGGUGCAGUACUUUGUAAUAAUAACAUGAGAGCUGUAGCAUAUGCUAGUAGACCUUUGAAUAAAGCUGAAUUAAAUUACCCAACUAUACAGAAAGAACUACUUGCCAUAGUUUGGAGUGUAAAAUAUUUUCGACCAUAUUUAUUUGGACGUACUUUUACUAUUAUGACGGAUCAUAAACCCCUUAUAUACCUAUUUGGACUAAAAGACCCUUCAAGUAGACUUUUAAAAUUUCGGUUAGCACUAGAAGAGUAUGAUUUUAAAGUAGUAUACGUGAAAGGUAAAGAAAAUGUAAUAGCGGACGCUUUAUCGCGAAUAAGUAUGACUUCCCAAGAUUUGAAAGCUAUGAAUGAAAGGUUAUUAGCAGUAACAACAAGAGCACAGGCUAAGAAAGUAAAAGAGGCAGAAAGAAAGAAUGAAAGUGGAGAUGAUAGAAUGAUAAGCGAUAUUCCAAGUAUUGACCCGAACAAUUGGCCUGAUCAACCAAGUGUUGUGGAAAUACUUAGAAUACCGAGUGGAUCAGUUGAGUUAAGUUUAAUACAAGGGAAAGAACUAAGAAAAAUGAAAGAGAAAAAAUAUAUGGAUGUCGAAUCUGAAUGUUUCGCAUUUAAUAAAAAUAAAAAUAUAUUAUAUGUUAACCUUGAUUUUAAAGCACAUUAUACGCGAGACGUUUUUGUGGAAAAAUUGAGGAAAAUAUGUGAAAAGUUCGGAAUCCCAAAGGUCAUCACUACGGAUCGUGGAACUGAAUUUAUAUCGGAUACAAUGGAACAGGUUUCGCCACUGACGCAAGUAGUAGCAGUGGCGGGUGAGCCAGCCUACCUGCCGUGUGAUGUCGCCACGCAAGACGAAGACGAUGCAGUUCUACUAGUUCUCUGGUACAGAGAAGAUUUAGGCACGCCUAUUUACAGCGUGGAUGCCAGAGAAAAAGACUUCGGUGUAGCCGAGCGGUGGUCGGACGAGAGUGUGUUCGCAUCAAGAGCGUACUUCCUGCCAGAGAGGAGACCAGCCGAACUCGGCGUUGACAGAGUUCGAGCAACAGAUCAAGGAAUAUACAGAUGUAGGGUAGACUUCAAACAGGCACAAACUAGAAAUUCAAGAGUUAAUUUAACUGUAAUAGUACCACCCAGCAAAAUGGUGAUUACUGAUGACAAGGGUGACGUGAAACAAGCAAUAGUUGGACCGUACGUCGAAGGCGACACGUUCACGCUCAAAUGCGACGUAUCCGGCGGUCGACCUAGACCCUGGGUCAAAUGGUUCAGGAACGAAGAGGAAACAGACACUCCGGCAACGACGUUACAAGGGACCACGGUGAGGGGUGUCCUCCGAGUGGGACCUCUGACCCGAGCCGAUGUCAGAGCAACGCUGACAUGUCGAGCGUCAAACCACAUGAGAGCACACCCUAUUGAAACAACGCUUACAUUAGAUAUGAAUUUUCCUCCCUUGAACGUACAUAUUCUCGGAUCGAAUCAGCCUCUAUCAGCGAGUAGGAGAUACGAUCUUCUCUGCCAAAGUUCUGGGUCACGUCCGCCCGCGUCCAUCACCUGGUGGAAGAAUGGGCACAGGAUAAACAACGCUAAGGAGACGCUAUCAACGGAUGGCAACACAACAACGUCAACAGUCUCCAUUCAACUGGCCAAAGCUGAUGCUGGAGCGAAACUAGCGUGUCGCGCCUCCAACCCUCAGAUGCCAUCAGUACCUGCUCUUGAAGAUGACUGGCUGCUGGAUAUUCAGUAUGUUCCAGAAACGAUGGUACGGCUCGGCACUAAUUUAGACCCGACUAAUAUUAGGGAGGGCACGGAUGUGUACUUCGAUUGCAUCAUCAAAGCCCAUCCCUAUGUUUAUAAAGUCGAGUGGAGACACAACGGUAAGACCCUGCACCAUAACGUAGGUCAGGGUAUUAUAAUCAGCAAUCAGUCGCUGGUACUCCAAGGUGUUGGGAGGAAGACGGCUGGUAACUACACAUGUGUUGGUUUCAACGCUGAAGGUGAUGGGGAGAGCAAGCCUUUCUCUUUGGACGUUUUAUACGCACCAACUUGCAGGAGUUCCCAGCAAAGGGUACAUGGAGUAGCCAAACAAGAGCGUGCUCAUAUUACUUGCCACGUUGAUGCAAACCCGCCAGAAGUUAGCUUUCGAUGGACAUUCAACAACACUGCGAAUAGUAACGAAGUUAGCGACACAUACGUUUCAAGAUCGGGCACAAGUUCCACGGUGACCUACACGCCACACACAGAGAUGGACUACGGUACACUCCUUUGUUGGGCACAUAACAGAAUUGGAAAACAAAGAGUGCCUUGCGUUUAUCACAUAAUUGCUGCAGGUCGACCUGAUCAAGUUCACAAUUGCACGGUUGUGAAUGCGUCACUCACUUCGUUCGGAGUUCGUUGUUCAGAAGGAUUCAACGGUGGAAUGCCACAGUCUUUUUUACUCGAAGUUAGAGAAAUUGUCACUCAGGAAAUAGUCGCUAACGUGUCCAGUGCAGUUCCUCGGUUCACGGCUGUUGGUCUCGUACCAGGACGCGUUUACGCAGCAGCUGUCUUAGCAUAUAAUGCUAAAGGGAGAGGAGAUCCUUACCCCCUGAGGGCUAGCACUUUGAGGCCUCCAGAAAAACAUCACGUCCAUGAUAAAAGCCUUGAUUUACCAAGAACUGCCUUCCAAAUGUCUGGUGCGAUGUCAGCCGCGGUUGGAGGUGGUGGGGUUCUUAUGGUGGUACUGGUGCUUUUCAUGAUCGCUGUCAGACAGCGUUGUGCAAAGAGAAAGCCAAGGUCUGGUCCUCCUCCAUCACAACCAGCGUCUCCAGAUAAACUGCGAGAGAAAGACGAUAGUGAGAGUGAUGACAGAAACCCUGAUAUAAUACCAUCGGAUACUGACCAUAUGCAGAUGGACUACUACCGACAGCAGCAAGUGUCGACAAUUUCGCCCCCCAGCAGCAGGGCGCGCGGCAGUAUCGCAGGCGUUCGCGGUAGCCUGCCCGCCUACUGCGCGUUACGUACCGCGCCGCCUGCUGACUCUACUCCACCGCCGGGUAUACCGCCUCCAGUGGGCUUCGCGAGCGGGUCGUGCACGUUACCCCGCAACACGGGUACAAACGAGCGCUGUAUCCCACUACAACACCUGCGCACCUUGCCCCGUGCGCACCCGCACCCACACCCCCACCCCCACCCCCACCCGCACCCGCACCCCCCGCGCGACACGCCCCUCUGA